UGCGGUAAGAAAGUUGGUGGUUUACGUAAAAGUCCUUGUCAUGAUUGAAAUAUGAAAAUGAAAAAAAAAAAAAAUGUCUCCACCUUGUCUUAUGAAAUGAAACUCUGUAUUUAGAUAUCUGCACAAAGAACAACAUCAACAAAUCCAUGGCAUCCUUUAUCUUUUUUAUCUCCCUCUGUUUUACUGCGGCUAGAGCUCAGGGACUUCAAUAUCAGUACCAAGUUUGCUCAAGAAACAAGUUCACUCCCAAUAGCACCUUCCAAACGCACCUCACAACCCUAUUCUCUUCCUUAUCUUCCAAAGCCUCCAACAAUGUCCAAUUCUUCAACAAUACCGUCACCGGGACAAACCCCUCAGACACAGUGUACGGACUAUUCAUGUGCAGAGGGGACAUCCCCUCCGACCUAUGUAAUAAUUGCGUCGGAAACGCGACACAGAGACUGUCCACACACCCAGAUUGUUCGUCGUCCAUAGAAGCGGUGGUGUAUUACGACGAGUGCAUAGUUCGGUAUUCCAACCUCUCUUUCUUCGGCACCGCAGAUAUGGAAGUGAGCUCAGGCUAUGUCCUGGCGAGUCCCAUAAACAUGACAAACCAAGAAAGCUUCAAGCGUUUGGUUUAUGUGAGCCUGAACGAAACGGCGGAUGAGGCAAUGAGUUCAGGUAGUGACGGUAAGAAGUUCGCGACAAAGGAAACAGACAUAGAUAUAUUUCAGAAGCUAUAUUGUCUUGCACAGUGCACGCCGGACCUGUCUCCGAGAGAUUGCAGAAGCUGUCUGAACAGUUUGAUAAAUUCGGAUCUUCCACGGUGCUGUGCAGGGAGGCAGGGAGGAAGAGUUUUAUAUCCUAACUGCGUCAUCAGGUUUGAAAUUUACCCUUUUUAUCGUUCUCUUGGUUCGGCUCCUACGCCAACACCGCCGCCGCCGAAAUUGGGAGAAAAUAAUUCGAGUAGAUCAAGAACAAUUAUCUUAGUUGUUGUACCCAUUGUUAGUUUGGCAAUUCUCUCUGCUUUUUGCUACUAUUUCUUAAGGAGAAGAGCAAGAAAGAGGUCAAAGCAUCUUCUUAAAGAAAACUUUGGUGAAGAAAGCUCCAUUCUAGAAGGCUUGCAAUUUGACUUGUCUACUGUUAAAUUAGCAACAAAUAAUUUUUCAAAUGAGAGUGAGAUUGGUAAAGGUGGAUUUGGAGAGGUUUAUAAGGGCAUUCUUCCGGAUGGACGACAUAUAGCCGUUAAAAGACUUUCAAUUGGUUCCAAACAAGGUUCAGUUGAAUUUAAAAAUGAGAUUUUGUUGAUAGCUAAGUUACAACAUAGGAAUCUUGUGGCAUUCAUGGGAUUUUGUUUAGAAGAGCAAGAAAAGAUCCUUAUUUAUGAGUACGUGCCAAAUCAUAGUCUGGAUUACCUGUUAUUUGGUACCGAACAAGAAAAGUUAAAUUGGCAUCAUCGUUAUAAAAUUAUAAAAGGAACUGCGGCAGGAAUUCUUUAUCUACAUGAUUAUUCUCGACUUAAAAUUAUACAUCGUGAUCUUAAACCUAGUAAUAUUUUAUUAGAUGAAAAUAUGAAUCCUAAAAUAUCAGAUUUUGGCUUGGCUAGAAUUUUUGACGUUGAUCAAAAUCGUGCUGAAACUGAUCGAAUUGUUGGAACUUAUGGUUAUAUGUCUCCUGAAUAUGCAAUGCUUGGACAAUUUUCUGAAAAGUCUGAUGUUUUUAGUUUUGGAAUUAUAGUUCUUGAGAUUAUUACGGGUAAAAAAAAUGCUCAUUCAUAUGAAUCCCACCGCAUGGAAGAAGGUCUCAUGACUGAGGUGUGGAGAGAAUGGAAGAAUGAAAGACCAAUGGGUAUAUUGGAUCAAAAUAUGAAAGAAAAUUAUAGUGAAAGUGAAGUUGUUAGAUGCCUUCAAAUUGGUUUAUUAUGUGUUCAAGAGAAUCCAAAUAUUAGACCUACGAUGGGAAGAGUAGUUUCCUAUCUUAAUAAUCAUUCAUUAGAAUUGCCAUCACCUCAAGAACCUGCAUUUUUCUCACACGGAAUAGAUAAAAGAGCUAUGCAGCAAGGAUCAAGUUCCAGCUUUUCUGCAAACAGUUCCAUGCCAUUCUCUGUCAACGAGAUGUCUACUAGUAAUUUUUAUCCUCGAUAAUAUACUUUUAUUUUAUUAUAAUUAAUGUCUUUAUUGUAUAGAUAUCCAUCCUCUGUUAACUUUGUUAA